AUGUCGAAACAAUCGCUCAUCCUGAGCCAACCGAGGCCGUGUACCCCAAGCUCCUAGAAGUCUCACCUCGACUGAUUCAGCAGCAUAAUCCAACAAUCGUCCUUCAUAUCGGACUAGCCGUCGAAAGAGACUAUUUGCAGUGGAGCAGAGUGCCUUCCGCGACGGAUACCAUGAAUAUCCCGACGAGGAGCGCAAGGUGAUCUCAAAGUUGGAUGUAAAAAGAUUAUGGGGAAAGAAGAGUGCAGAAAAUAUCAGCUCGUCUUUCGAUCUGGAGUCGGUGGUUGAGCUUUGGAAACGGAAUUUGAGGUCACGAUCUGGUAACAAAGCCAAGGGUAAGAGAGAACUAAAGCCAUCACAACAACAUCAGCUGCCUGAUGUUAGAUUCUCAGAUGAUGUGGGUGCUUGGGUAUGCGGACUAG